CGUCGCGCGGCCCCGCCCCCGUGACGCCACUUCCUGCGGGGACGCGGAGGCGGCGGUGCCGGUGCCGCGGCCCCUUUAAGGCCGGGCGCGCCAUGGUGCUGCUGCCGGGCGGCGCGGCGGGGCGCGGCCCCGCGGAGCCCCUCCCGAGGAUCGAGGACUGCCUGCCCCCGCUGGAGAGCUCCCCCUCCAAGCGGUUCUCCCCCUCCAAGCGCAAGCAGUACUACAUCAACAAGGCCAUCCGCAACUCGGACCUCAUCCCCAAGGCCAAGGGCCGCAAGAGCCUGCAGAGGCUGGAGAACACUCGGUACCUGAUGACGCUUCUGGAGCGAGACGAGUGCGGGAGCGACGAGGCAGAGCUCGCCCACGCCGCCACCCCCAGCAUCUUCGCCGAGGCCUGCAACAACGAGACCUACGUGGAGAUCUGGAAUGACUUCAUGAACCGGUCGGGGGAAGAGCAAGAGCGAGUCCUGCUCUACCUGGAGGAGGAGGCCCGGAAGAAGCACGAGAGGAAGCUGCCUGUGAAGAACAAAGAGAAGUGGAAAGGUGCUGGGUGGGAGAGCCUCUCCCUUCCCUCCCUUGCAUGCGCUUUGGGAAGGGUGCUCUUCCCCGAGGGCCGCAUCCCGCUCCCUGCAGCGGUCACGGUGCUGCGCUCGCCCCUCGGGUGCUGCUGGGAGGGGUCCGGCCCUGCAGACCCCACUGUGGACUGGGGGGAGCUCAUGGCGGGCUGGCAGUGGCUGUGGUGGCCGGCUGGGUCCUGGGGGGUGUCGGGCACCUCCGCGGGGCCGCAGACCCCAUCCGAGCCCCUUCUGUCUUCCCUCCGCGGCCGCAGAGCACCCUGCCUACACGCCCAAGGAGUGCUUCCAGCGCAUCAGCCGCCGCCUGCGCUCCACCCUGAAGCGGGGCAGGAUCCCCAUGGGGACGCUGGAGGGCCUGGAGGAGGAGCUGCUGGCAUUCUUCUCAGUCACCCCACACUCCGUCUACACGGCGCUGAUGGACAACAGCUUCGAGCGACUCCUGCUCCACGCACUCUGCCAGUACAUGGACCUCGUGUCUGCCAGUUCGGACAUCGAAGGCAAGCGCCAGAUGAAAGUGAGCAACAAGCACCGCGUCUUCCUGCCCCCCCAGCUCCUGCUCUCAGACUACCUGGGCCAGAUGAGCUGAUGGCGGGGGCCGGCCUGCCCCCUGCCCGGCGCCGAAGCCUUCGCUCUCCUGCCCCCGGCCCCCGCUCCGUGUGCCCGCCGCGGGGCCGUGCUCCCGGGCCGUGUCCGCGCCUGUAUUUAUAACCGGGUGUUUUCACUGUGGUGGCCGGGCCGGCCCUGCCGCUGCCGCCGGUGCUCGGUUUGGGCCCGGCCGCUCCGUGCGGAGCCCGGCCUGCGCGCGGGGCCGGCGGCGCUGGAGCUGGCGCCACAGCCUGCGCAGGGCAGCGGGGCUGUUUUUAAUUGUAAUACAGUGUGGUUUUAUGUGUGUA